GAAAAAACUCAAACAAACGAAUGAAAGAAACAAUAAGAAUGUGCCGAAUUUAAAUUUCGAUAGCCUCAUUCAAAAAAAGAUUAAAACACUGAAUAGGUAUCAUACUUUUGUUCUGUUACCAAAAUUUCUACUUGAUUACAUACACUCAUCUCAAAUUUCUGGAUUGAAGUCCAUUCAAAUUCAUAACAUGAAAGGGGGUGGACCUUGUUUUUAAUAAUACUCAAUGAAAAAUUUCUUUUCAUUACUCAUACUACUUAUUUCAUUUAUAAAUAGAUUCAAAGGUCAAUCUUUUUUUUAGAAUUUUUCAGCUGUUUGUAUCAAAAACAUUCGUAUAUAAAACCUCAAAAUAUCGUUUUGUUCUCAAUUAGCAAUAUCAGUGUGUUAAUUAUGCGUGUUGUACUAAUACUACUUAUAUUAUUACAAGUAGUCACCGAUACUACUGAUUCAUAUAAAUUAUUAGAAAAUUAUCAACGUAAUCAUUUGUGGAAUGAAUGGAAAACACACUAUGCUAAAGAAUAUGCUAACACUGGAGAAGAAGAAAUUCGUAAAGCAAAAUGGCUUGAAAAUAUUGAAAAAAUUUGGUUGCACAACUUACGUUAUGACUUAGGGCUGGAAACAUUCACUGUGGGAGUGAAUCAGUUUUCAGAUGUUGACUGGAAUGAAUAUACAGAAAAGUUUACGUUCAAUAAACAACCAGAAUUACUGAAAUCUUUGUCAUCUUCAGCGUCAUUUGUUGAAGAAAAUUAUGAUGUUAAUAAUGUUGGUUGGACACCAGAUACCUAUGAUUGGCGUAAUAUGAAUAUUGUCAAUGAACCAAGAAAUGAGGGUUCAUGUCAUGGUUCUUAUGCAUUUGCUGUGACAGCAGCAACUGAAAGUCAAUAUGCAUUACGUACAUCACAGAAAGUUAACUUAUCUGUACAGCAGUUUAUUGAUUGUACACGAUUAUACGGAAAUAUGGGAUGUUAUGGUGGCCAUACAUUCACUCUGUUUAUUUAUUUACAAAAUUUUGGAUUAGAAACAGAAGAGAGUUAUCCGUUUACGGCUGAGGAUGAAGACUGUAUGGCAAAUAGUUCAGAUGUUGUCGUCCAGUCGAUUGGAUUUAAACUACAUCGUCAUGGUUAUGAAACUAUUUUGAAGUGGGCAGUAUACAAUGAAGGUCCAUAUGUUAUUUCAAUGAAUAUUGAUCAGAAAUUUUUAUUUUAUAAAUCUGGUAUUUACCAAUCUGAUACAUGUACACAUUAUAAUUUAAAUCAAAGUAUGCUACUAGUUGGCUAUGGUUAUGAUAAUGAUGGUACUGAUUAUUGGAUAUUACAAAAUAAUUGGGGUAAAAAAUGGGGUGAAGGAGGUUAUGUUAAAGUAUUGCGAAAUAAUUGGAAUAUGUGUGGAAUUGCAUCUCUGGCCUUCAGACCAAUAUUAAGAAGCUUUUAAGUCGGUUUCAUUGUUUCUUUGUUGAGCGUAUACUAAGAAUUGAACUUAUUGUGUCUUACACUACUUUAAUAUAGUAUUAAGUAAUCAAAUGAUGAGCGCUUUCAUUUUUAUCCAAAUAUAACUUAACAGUAUGCA